GCACCCAGUUCCUUGUGGUGUGCCGCCCGCGCUGGCAGACUGGAGCUACCUUUACUCCGUAGCCAACAACGACACUUCGUUUCCACGAGCCUUGCACCCAGCUUGCCAUUAUAUCCGAAUAACUAGACUCCGUAUUUUCCUGAACAAAGAGCUUCUGCGGAGUCAGCUGACCAACUAUUCUAAGCUUGAACAGUCCCAUUCUCAUCGAUCCGGGUUUUCCACAAGAGAUUUCUCGAAAGACACAGCUUUCGUUGCUUUCAACCAUCAGUGGUUCGCCGACGCCCAACUUAUCUGUUGCCAAGUUGCCCUUCAACUGGGUUCCCUCACAAUCACGCAUUGCGCAUGGCCAAUUGUUGAACAAGUCGCGUGGCAACGAGAACGACAGCAAAGAUGCCAACGAAAUAUCUCCUGGUCUCUCUCCCUCAGGGUAUCUUUGACUCAAGCAGCAAAAAUGGCGCUUUAUCGGAGCUGUCAGCGAAAAUUUCCCCCGACAACGGUUCCACGCAGCCUUUUGCCAUUCCCGACUUCAAGAUCGGGACUCUUGAUGCUUUAGUGCAGCAAGCAGAUGACUUAACUAAGUUGGAGGCGGCUUGUGAGACUGUGGUAGCCAAAGUAGCCGACUCCCUGCGUACGAUCUUGGAUGGAGACGAUGACAAGAUCAGCCAGCAGAAGAUGGUCAACGACAAACCCACAGAUCAUUACAUCAACUCCUUUGUCUGGAACAAGGUCAGAUAUCGUGCCGAUAGGCCUCUGGGCGAACUGGUGGAUAUUCUGCAGAAGGAACUUGUCACGAGCGACAACGAUGUCAAGACAAAGUUCAACCAGUAUAACUCGGUCAAGACCAACUUCACGACCUUGCAGCGCAAGCAAACGGGCAACCUCUCCACCAAAUCUCUCACACCCGUUGUCGACCCCGCCUUGCUUGUCCAGGACUCGGAGUACUUGGAAACACACUUGGUUGUAGUGCCUUCCAACGCUAAAAAGGACUUCCAGAAGGGUUACGAGACAUUGGCGCCCAUGGUCGUGCCACGCUCAGCGGUGGAAGUAGCACAGGACGACGAAUUCGUUCUUUUUGCCGUGACAACCUUCAAAAAGACGAGCACCGAAUUCCUACAGAAGUGUCGCGAGCAAAAGUGGACCCCACGUCAGUAUAAAUAUGUUGAGGGCGGUAAGGAAGAGGAGCAGCGGGAACUCGACCGAGUCGCGCGCGAGGAGAAGAAGGUCUGGGGUGAGGCUCUUCGUAUGGGUAGGACUGGGUGGAGCGAGAGCGUUAUGAUCUGGCUACAUGUUUUGAGCCUACGCGUCUUCGUCGAGGCUGUUCUUCGCUACGGCCUCCCACUGGACUACGUCUCGGCGCUGGUCAAAACCACGUCAAAGCUGUCACCCAAGGUCAGGGCUGCGCUUGAUUCUAAUUACUCUUACCUAGGUGGCAACGCCUUCGGGAGAGAUAAGCGUGGCAGGGUGACCAAAGACGAUGCAGCACUGUCAUCUGAUAUGGCUGCUGCCGGCGUUGGAGGUGCCGACGGCACUGAGUAUACGGCUUACGUCUACUACGAGUUUGAGCUGCCUUGAGGGGCCCGCAUCAAGUAAUGGCCAAUCGGCUUACGCUGGCUGCUUUCUUGUUCUACACACUGGUGACCUGGCAUUGUAUUGAAGAAAAAUGUAUCAAUUACCGACGUCCGUCGACUUCCUAUGCAAUUCAAUUCGUUUGUACUUUGCACAAAAUAAAUUGCUAGUCCAUGCGUUGCGGGAACCUUUCGAUGACUACAACAUCGAAUGAGGUGAGGGGGCUAAGGCGAACAAUGCUGGCCAAGACUUUAGGCCUCAGUCUGCUUCGCAGCGAUUAGACCUUUGGAAAUCAACCACUGCGUAAUCUCGCUGACGCAUUCCUCGACAGAGGACUUGUCAGUACGGAUACGAAUCUCGGGCUUCAGUGGCUCCUCAUAAGGUGCGGUGAUGCCGGUGAACUCCUUGAUCUCGCCAGCACGAGCCUUCUUGUAUAGCCCCUUGGGGUCCCG